CAGUCGGGAGAGUGAGUUCUUUAAAGAUGGCCGGAGCGGCGGCGGCCACGGCAACCGGCGCGACUCCCGUGUAUUGCGUCUGCCGGGAGCCCUACGAUGUGAGCCGCUUCAUGAUCGAGUGCGACAUCUGCAAGGACUGGUUCCACGGCAGCUGUGUCAGAGUAGAAGAACAUCAUGCUGUUGACAUUGACCUAUAUCACUGUCCCAACUGUGAAAUUCUUCAUGGACCCUCCUUAAUGAAAAAGAGAAGGAACUGGCACAGACACGACUAUACUGAAUUUGAUGAUGGUUCCAAACCAGUUCAAGCUGGGACACGAACAUUCGUAAAACAGCUACGAGCUCGUUCAUUCCCAAGUGCUGAUGACAUCAUUUUGAAAAUGCAUGGCAGCCAGCUAACACAAAGAUACCUGGAGAAGCAUGGGUUUGAUGUUCCCAUUAUGGUUCCCAAAUUAGAUGGAUUAGGUCUGAGACUUCCUCCCCCUACUUUUUCUGUUCUGGAUGUGGAACGAUACGUAGGUGGUGAUAAAGUGAUAGAUGUUAUUGAUGUGGCAAGACAGGCAGACAGUAAAAUGAAGCUCCAUAAUUAUGUUAAGUAUUUCAUGAACCCUGACAGACCAAAAGUAUUAAAUGUGAUCAGCCUCGAAUUUUCAGACACAAAGAUGUCUGAAUUAGUGGAAGUUCCUGACAUUGCCAGAAAACUCUCAUGGGUGGAAAAUUACUGGCCAGAUGACUCUGUUUUUCCCAAGCCUUUUGUUCAGAAAUACUGUUUGAUGGGAGUCCAGGACAGCUAUACAGACUUUCAUAUUGAUUUUGGGGGCACUUCUGUCUGGUAUCAUGUUCUCUGGGGUGAGAAAAUCUUCUAUUUAAUCAAGCCUACCAAUGAAAAUUUGGCAAUCUAUGAAUCGUGGAGUUCAUCUGUCACGCAGAGCGAAGUUUAUUUUGGAGACAAAGUUGACAAGUGUUACAAAUGUGUUGUGAAGCAAGGACAUACUUUGUUUGUUCCAACAGGCUGGAUUCAUGCUGUGCUCACAUCUCAGGACUGUAUGGCUUUUGGAGGAAACUUUUUGCACAACCUCAAUAUUGGCAUGCAGCUCAGGUGUUAUGAAAUGGAGAAAAGGCUAAAAACCCCAGAUCUUUUUAAAUUCCCUUUCUUUGAAGCCAUCUGUUGGUUUGUGGCCAAAAACUUACUGGAAACUUUGAAAGAAUUGAGAGAAGAUGGUUUUCAGCCCCAAACCUUCUUGGUGCAAGGAGUAAAAGCUUUACUUACUGCUUUAAAGUUAUGGAUGAAAAAAGAUCUGGUAACAGAACAUGCCUUUGAAAUUCCAGACAACAUUAGGCCAGGGCAGCUCAUUAAAGAACUCUCUAAAGUGAUUCGUUCUGUAGAGGAAGAGAUCAGCAAACCAGUGAAAACUCAGGGAAUUCUUGGUGUGUGCCAAGUUUCACGGUCCUCAAACGAAUCAGCCUCCACUCAUCAUUCCAAAAGAAAAGCAAGGAAGCUACGAGACCAUGCUGUUAAAACUCCUUCAAAUUUGGACAUUCUGGAACUCCACACAAGAGAAGUGCUCAAAAGACUAGAGAUGUCCCCAUGGGAAGAGGACGCAGUAAAUUAUAACUUGAAUGGAAGGUUUAACAAGCCUCUUCAGCCAUCUUCAACUGUUCCUGAAUGGCGAACAAAGGACAAUGAUUUACGGCUGUUGCUGUCAAAUGGAAGAAUAAUUAGACAUGAGAGGCAGCCCUUUAGAGAUCCAAGUCUUUACACCGCAGACAGUGAAGAUGAGGAUGACAGGACAAAGUUCGAAGAAGGAACUGUUAAGUCAGAAGAGCAGAACUCCCAGGAUGCAGAUGGCGAUGCGGAUGCUCAGAAACCACUGAACAUGUUCUUUGAAAGUGUGAAAUCAGAACUCAGGAAUGGAACCUCAGAAUACUCUGAUAUUUCUGAUUCAGAAGACUCUGAGCCUGAUUGCACUAACCAGCAAAAGGAUUCCUCCCUAGAGGAUUCAGAAAGCUCAGGAGACGAGAAACAGGAAGUAUCUUCAAAUUUUAAAGAGGAAUCUAGAAUAACAAGUGACCUCUAUCAAUCUUCACAGAAGCCAUCAAGACAUGAAACUACAAGUAAAAGGGAAUGUCCUACCUCGACAAGCACGGAGGAAGAAGCUAUUCAGGGCAUGCUUUCUAUGGCAGGAUUGCACUAUACCACUUGUUUACCAGAUCACACACAGAGUACAGACUGCACUGAUAGAAGAAGCUCUCUUCAGGAACACAGAAGCUAUCCCAAAAGCAGGCAUAAAGACAAGCUGUCUUCCCAGAGUCAUAAAAGAGAAUGUGGUAAGCACAUAAAAGAAGAAAAAGAUGUGGGGACUUUUACAUUAACUACACAAUUGCAAGCAGUUUCUAAAGUAAACCCUCAGGAUGUAAACAAAACUCAGAAACACAUUAAGAAGGAAGGUGCAUCUGAAGCCACUUACAAAAUGCAAGAAAACAGGUGUCAUUUACAAAGUAAUGGAUUGAACUUCCAACAUAGUAAAUGUAUGCAGGACUCCAGUUUAAUUCAAGGGGAAUGCAGGCUCAGCGAUGGCAGCCUCAGCCCUGACAGGCCAUAUGGCGAAACAUCAUCUGUUCCUCUUCAUCCAACCAAACGACCAGCAUCAAAUCCGCCUCCUAUCAGCAACCAGGCAACAAAAGGCAAGCGUCCAAAGAAAGGAAUGGCAACUGCCAAGCAACGCCUUGGGAAGAUUCUAAAGCUGAACCGCAAUGGCCAUGCCCGCUUCUUUGUUUGAUGCAGUAGCAGUUAUCAUCACUGCUACUGCCUUUAAAAAAAAAAUACACAGACCAGUAUUGAGGGUAACAGUGCCUGGAGCUUCUGUUUAUUCCUCGGCUUGAAGCAGAAUGCAUGUAUCCUAUUAGAACACUGCCUGAUGAACAAAAACGCAAUGCUGCAUCUUCACUGUGCCACACCUGCUCAGCAAUAACCGUUUGGGUAAACAGGGGAAUAGUCAAAGAGACAGUGGACUGGGGGAUGGUCUUUCUUUCUUCAGGGCUCGAAUCAUUUUGUUGCUGGUAGUGUCUGAGCUAAUCCAUGAACAGAAGAGUGUGAUGAAGGUGGUUAUCAAUAAUUUAUUUGCAGAUCUUGGCAACUAUUGAAUUCAUUUUUGAACUAUUUAUUUGGAAAACCGUUUUGUGAAAUGAUUUUAAUUUUAGAUGUUAAGAAAUGUGAAGGGUUUUUUAAAAAUUUGUCCUUAAUGUAUGUCUGUUGCAGUGGAGAGCCACAUGAGUGAUUUACUCUGGAUUCAAGCAUUUGAUACAGAUUAUAGUCUUAAAAAACAUGGAUGUGAUGCAUUAUUAAUUUAAAUUAAGGCACACGAAUUCAUACUUUAAUUUCUGUUCUUUAUAUAAGCUCUUGGCUGGCUUUUUCAUGAACACAUAAAGUACGUAUUCUCUGCCAGUUUAGUUAAGUUCUCUCCCAUCCCUUCCCCUUUCCCCUCUUCUGCUUUGCCUUUUAUUAUGGACUAUAAAUUGGCAUAAUGCUGGCAGAGAGAUGCUUGAAUCUGUAGGUUCAGUGGUGCUUCUGCUCUUCCCUCCCCUCUCCAUUUGUUUUCAUGUCAUGGAGAACAAUCCAUGCAAAGCAUGGGUAGCAGUACACCAAGGAUAGCACUACAGUUAGUACAUGUAGACACUUAAAUACAUUUUGUUGAAGUAGACUGUUAUGGUGGCAGAGCACUGCUUGAUUGCAGAUGCCAGCCAAAAAGGUCUUAAAUGGUUCUUGUGUAUACAUAUAUAUAUAUAUAUAUGUGUGUGUGUAAAUGUGUUUGAUGGCUUGCUAAUUUCAGAACAACUAUUUUAUGUCAUGCUUUGCAAAGACCUGGUAGUAAAUGCCAAUUCUGAUAUAUGUGUAAAUAACUUAGAUGAUAAAAUUGUAUUUUUGUAAUAUAAAAUUGAAUAUUUAAGCUCUUUUCUGGAGGAAAAGGAGAGGCACCUAUACUGCUUUUUGGUAAGAGGGCUACUCAGUACUAAAGUGGGAAUACUGGAGAUAAUACUCUGGAAUUUUUUUUCUUCUGUUGAUCAAGAGUUAAAGCAUGGCCAAAGCUACUCAGUUGCUUGACUUCUUAACUUCAAUAAAAAAAAACUUCCCAGCCUCCAUGCUAAAUCUUAAAGUAUAUAAAAUCUACAAGCCCCAAAAAAGGAUUUAUGUGCGUAAACAAUUUUAUUCUGUAUAUUCAGUAUUUGCUGCAUCUAUCUGUGUAUGUCUGUAUUAGACUACACAUAACGCUCUUCACCCUUUAUCAAAACAGGCAUAAGUUAGGGCCCCCUGGCAGUUACAGUAACAAAUUUCUCUGUGGAAGCAUUUCAAAGCAUCAGUCCUUAAUCUACUAGCUAGUAACAUUUAAGAUCUUUUCAAUUCAGUGGUCUUAGCAGUAUACAACUGGGUGCAGGAUGGCAGCCAGAUACAUUAACGUUGUAAUUAUAUGUACUUGGAAAUAAGACCCAUUGAAAUCAGUAGCACUUCUGAAUAAAUAUGGCAUAGGAAUUUGGAGUAUAAAUGGAGUAAAAAUAGAUCAAAUAAUAAGAGCAAGUGACUUUUCCUAUGUGUUAAUUUUGAAUAAGAGUUUUCAGCACAGUGUAGUUCAAAACUAUCUAGGUUAAAACAGUAUUGGAGAAUUUGUACAAUGGCAGCAUAAUUACAAGUACAACAGACUACUAAGAGACAACUUGCUGCUUUGGAGAACAGCUGUAAUGACUAGUUUUAAUCUCAAGAAACGUAUUUGUAAGUAUUGAUCAAAGAAAAUGUUUCUAACAGCAAUACAUGUAUCUUUAACUAAGCUCUAAUACGUUUAAGUUGAAACAUUUGUACUGUGUGUUCUCAAUACCUUUUAAAUUAAGAUUAAUCAUAUCUUUCUGUAUAGGCAGGAAAAACAGUUCCAAGUGCAUGGUUUUGAAGCAUUGGUUUGGUUACACAAUUAUUUUUAGUAAGCCAUUCCCCCCAGUUUUUGUUAAAAUAUUCCUUAAGAUAUUCCAAACAACCUCAGAGAGGUGUAAAAAAAUUUAAAUUGAAGACAAAGUACAGUGAAUGAGAGGCGCAUGAGAAUAAUUAAAUUAGAACUCUUUUGCUGGACCCAGAGUAGCUAACUCAUAAACUGGUCUAGUUUCUAAGUGUAUCUUCAUUGUAAAAUGUAUAGCUAUCCUGUUAUUGAAGGGUGAGGGGAGGCAGAGAGAAAAGUAGGUAGGUUUUGGCUAGAAAAAUGUGUUUAACAAUACUUUUUCUCACCCCUCCCCCACCUCUGGCUCUCCAUUGUUGAGAGCACACAAACAUCUCUUUAUAAUUUACCGAAAAGAGGACAACAUCUAAAAUUUUAGAUCCCCAUGUUUCAAAUUUUCUCUAACUUGAGUAAGGCUUUUACAAAAAUAAGACAUUGGAUUUGGAGGAAAAGGACACUCAGUCUGUAUAAGCGCAACUAAGUUGCCCUGAAGAUGGCAACCAAUUCUAUUUGGUAGCUUGAUGAAGAGAUUCUAAUGGCCACUACUACUUGUCUGUAUGUGUAAUGUUGCUAGGUCAAUACCGAGCUUUGUAGAGAUCCCUGCUGCACCAAGCUUUAUACAUGUAGAUUGUCUGGUUGGGUUUGAUCAUGCUGUAGCCCCGCUUCUGCCAUUUCAUUUCCUUGUGGGGGAAGGAGAGGAAAGCAGUGUUUAAGUGAUAUUUGAAAGGCUACUGAACCUAUUUUUUAAAAGAGGAGACUUAAAAAAAAUGACCAAGAAUUUCAGGUGUAAGUUAUUAGGGAUCGACUCUUUUCAGGGGGAGCUAGGGGAGAAAAAUAGGCAAAAUGCAGAUAUUUAAUUUCAUUUCUUCAGGUUCUUGUAACUUUUUUUUAUUAGAAGAUUUGAACGUAGGGCAUCAUCUAGUGACUCUAUUGGCAGCAUCUCCAGUGACCUCAUCUUUUUAUUAUACUUACUAAUAAACCCAGGCUACAAGGUAGCUUUAAAUGACCUCUGUGGUAGAUUUACCUAUGCAAUCAGUAAUGCUGAUAAUCUAAUAAUUCUCAAACCAUUUUCAGAAUGUCAAAACCAACAGAGCUGCCUUUAUGGUUUCAAUUUAUUGUAGUUGAAGUGCUUGUAUCAAUGUCCUUUGGGGUAAGAACAUAGUGUCAUGGUCACAUCAAAGAAACUUUACUUCACCUAAGCUUUUAACUUGCCACAGAACUUCCUUUGUUCACCAGGAUAUGUAAUAAUUAAAUACUGAAAUUUUUGUAGGACUAAACGCAACCCAGGGCCAGUCUCAAGAGCUUGCUAACUCUUUAAUUGGUAACUUGGAGGAAACUGAGGAAACCCAAUGCUAUAAAAGAAGGCUGAAUUUCUUUGGAUUGUGCCUCUCCUCUCCCACAAUUGCUGUGCCACCAAAAGUCUCAAGGUGUCUUUUUGUUAAAAUAAACCUUGCAUUUUACUUCCAGACCAUUAAAAACUGUUCAUGGCCCUGGCCCUAAGAAAGGCCAGGGCAACUUUUAUUUUGUGAAAGAAAUAUAAACUGAUCUAAAGGGCCUUACUGUUUGUAGUUAAACUGGAUUGAAAAGCUGCAACCUCUGGUUUUUUUCCUCCAAAAAGGCAAUGAUACAAAACGAGUAAACCGUACAGCAUUGGGUGGGAAGAAGACUAGCACUGAUGAGGGAAUGCAGCUGUUGCUGAAGCAGCAUUCCCACCUGGAAAAGGACUUUUCUACUCGGAAUAUAAAUUUAAGCCAUAAUAGUUUCUUGCUAUGGGGAGGGGAAUGAAAGAAAUCACUUUAAGAGAUUAUAUUAAUAUGAAUGAUCACUUCUGCUGGGAAAUGUUUAAUGUUGCUGAUACUUUGGCAUUUUUAAAAUAUUCAUUACAUUUGAAAAAAGGGAGGGAUAGGUCUUGGCUAUAUUUACUAGUUUUGUAGUAGUGUUUUGCUGAUGUGUCUUUUCUCCACAUCUUUUCUACUGUCAUAGUCUAAUUUCUAACUUUUUGAAUGUUUGUGAAAUAGCUGUCUUUCUGAAUAGGGGUUUGUGUGUCCUCUGUUCUUUUUUUACAGAAACACACUACUGUGUGGAGUGUUUUGGCUGGGAAAUGGGAUGCUGCAGCUUUAAGAGCUUUCCCCCCCAAUUUAUAACAGUGUUUCCCAUCCCAUUUUUUUUUGCCUGCAGGCAGGGAAAGAGUAUGUACAGUAUUUAUUUUGUUCCAUUUUUACUUUGAAAUUUGUAAGUUUCUAUAAGUAGCUCACUGUUUGGGAGAACAAGUGGCUUGUUUAAAUUUGUAUUUGACAUAGUUUCCACUUUCUGUACCUUAAAAUACUGAAAUUAAAAUCUGUAUUACUUAUGUUUUUGA